AACACGAUGUUGGCAGUCUCAUUUUUGUAAUAACCUUUACCUACUGGCCAUAACCUUGGCCUUCUCCAGCCUCUCUCAGUUGCGAACAACCUGAUGGCGAAGAAGAAAGGCUCGGCCGCCGCCGCCGCCGCCAUGGCGGAUGAGACGGACGUCUCGAGUCCUCAGGGCUCCGCCCCCGGCAGCGAGGGAGGUGGGGAGAAGGAGGGCGCCUUUCUUCUUGGGGAGCCAACCUGGGAGGACGCUGGCGGCGGGCGGUGGCGGUGCGCGGAGACGGGGCACGAGCUGCCGGAGCGGGAGAAGGAGGCCUACGCGCGGUCCCGCGCUUGCCGCCUCGCGCUCAUUGACCACGCCGUCGCGCAGAAGAAGCCGCCGCUCAACGCCUUCAAGCCCCACCCCGAGCACAAAUCGAAGCUGGUAUGCAAGAUUACAGGGGAUACAAUUAACAAGUUGGAGGAUCACAUAUGGAAGCACAUCAACGGGAAGAGAUUUCUUAACAAGCUAGAAAGGGUAGAAGACCGGAUGGCUUCUGGUGAGAUGCCUGAUGGAGAACCUGUGAAGUCAAAUGAAGUGGCAAAGAAGAGCAAGUCAAGCAAGAAGGACAAGAAGAAAGCUAAUGUUGCCAGCACUUCUUUGCCAAGAGAACCUAAACCAGAGAUGGCUGAUUCAGAUGAUCCAGAUUUCUGGGUGCCUCCUGUUGGAAGUCGCUGGGAUGACGAUGACGGGAAAGACAGAUGGGAGUCAUUACCAGGAAAGCCCAACUUAGCAAAGAACGAAGGUGGUUCUGAUGAUGAUGGUGGUGAUGACAAUGAUACGGCUGACAAGGAUGAUGCUGAAUCAAUGGAACUUGCUUCAAGCAGGACAAAGCGAAUGUCAAUAGAAGCAGCUGGGCCAAGGAAGAAAAAACCCAAGAAGGAGCAGUAAGACAUUCGCAAUUUGUCAAGACUCAAAUGAAGAAUUUGGUCUCGUUGGGAAGAAGAAGCGUUAUCUAUUUGAUUAUUGGGUCGUGUUUCCUCAGAUUUGGGUAAUCAAUGACUGGAUUUGUGUUAGCAUGCUUAUGGUUAACGCCUGUCAACUGUGAUACAUCUACAUUUGCACGUACCUUGCAUUUUUUUUUUUGGAAAACUUUGAGGGCCAACUAUCAGUUGUCUUUUGCUAGGGUUUAGGACGUGCUAUGAUUGGACAACAUAGACGGAGCUAGAGCUCCAAAUUCCAAGAUAACUCAUUCGAAAUAUUAAUAAGACUGUCCUGAUAUAUUAGGUAGGAAUA